CAUUUCUUGGUCUCUGAAUCAUUUCGGUAAUCACAUACGAGGCACAGACCAAAAAUCUUUUUCGACAUGGCUUCCAAAUCUCCUGAAGAUAUUCUAGUUGCUCUCCUCCACACCAUCGAAUUUGAUAUUAUCCCACUCACUCGUGCCGGCGUCUCCUCCGGCAGCAAGCUCUUCGGUGCUGCUAUCCUCUCGUCUUCAACACUGGCGCCAUACACCGUCUCAACCAACAAUGAGCGCGUCUCUCCACUCCUUCACGGCGAGAUCAACUGCAUCCAGCAGUUCUACACCGUUUCCUUCCCCGACGCCAGCACGCGGCCCAAUCCGCGCGACGACUGCGUCUUCCUAGCGACGCAUGAGCCUUGCAGCCUUUGCCUGAGUGGCAUAACAUGGUCAGGAUUCAAGGAGCUGUAUUUCCUGUUCACCUAUGAGGAUAGCCGUGACCGGUUUGCCAUUCCGUACGACAUCGACAUCCUCGAGGAGGUGUUUCGGGUGCGGGCAGCUGACGAGGACGAUGAGGCGUUGAAGAGCAGGGCCUUGUAUAACAAAGUCAACAAGUUCUUUACAGCUCGGAGCCUGAACGAUUUGGUGGAGAAAGUCGAGGACACCGAAAAACGAGAAGAUUUGAGGUCGGAGGUGGAGAGAGUCAAGGGGUUGUAUGACGGACUAAGCGACGUGUAUCAAGAGGGCAAGAAGAGGGGAGCCGACAGCGCGAGUACAUGGAAAUAGGUGAACGUCAAGCUCAGAGUGGUGGCUUUUCCUUUGUGUGGUCUGGCGUAUGUUUUGCUCGACGAUCGUGGGCGGCGGAGCUUUGGAAUAUCUCUCUCCCUCUUCUGAACUAGAAGUAAUGCGAAGUAUUAGGACGUGGCGUUUGAGGAAUCACAAAGAGCCCCUUCUUCGAAUUCCGCUCAUCCAUAAACUGAAGACACGCCUUCUGUAAUAUCAGAGCACAUGGACAAUCGGAACAAGGCCGAGCUGUUGCCGAUUCGCUCGGUGUCUGGGCCGGUUGGCCAAC